AGAUAUGAAGGCGUUAAUGCGCUCGUGACGGUUUGCAUGAGGGGGAGGGGACCCCGCACAUCACUAAGUGUGUGAAUGGCGUGGGCUUCUCUUCUCCAAACCGCACAGCAUCAUCAGUCGGUUCACGGCAACAGCCUCGUACGUAUCAUCACCCUCCUCCUUUUCCUCACCCUCCUCAUCACCAUCUCCCGGCUGAAGAGGGUCCACGUCGCAGGAAUAAAGACAUAAGACGAGACUGGUCUCAGUUAAGUGAGCCAAGGAGUCAAUUCUUCAAAUCUACGAGGUGUAUCCUGAAAAAACUGAAGUUCCAGCACGUUCAGGUGGCCUAAUUCUUUGACCACUUUUGCAUCUUGCAAACCUCUUUAAAAUGGAGGACGGCUACCAAAACCGGACUGCCAUCAUAAAAAGUGCCAAAGAAAUUGCCAAAGAAGUCAAGCGGCAAGCAUCUAAGAAGGUUGGCCGUUCAGUGGAUCGGGUGAGUGAUGAGUACAGCAGGCGCUCUUACAGUCGGUUUGAAGAGGACGACGAUGAUGACUACCCUGUGCAGGGAAGCCAGGAUGGAGGCUACUACCGUGGAGACAGCCAGGCGGGCAACGACGAUGAGGGCGGCCACAGUGACUCGACAGAAGGUCACGAUGAGGAUGAUGAGAUCUAUGAGGGGGAGUACCAAGGAAUUCCCAGGGCUGAGUCAGGCAAGGGCAGCAUGGCUGGAGGUCCAGGCUCGGUGAGGGCCGGUGCUCAGCAGUUCAGAGAUAUCGCAGUGUCCGAGGGCGAGAGGAGGAAGGACCAGGAAGAGCUGGCUCAACAGUACGAGACCAUUUUACAAGAAUGUGGUCACGGCAAGUUCCAGUGGACCCUGUACUUUGUGCUGGGGCUGGCUCUCAUGGCAGAUGGUGUGGAGAUCUUCGUGGUUGGGUUUGUCCUGCCUAGUGCCGAGAAAGACAUGUGCCUGUCUGAACCUAACAAAAGCAUGCUUGGUCUGAUUGUAUAUUUUGGGAUGAUGGUUGGCGCUUUCCUCUGGGGAGCUCUGGCUGACCGGAUAGGCCGUCGUCAGUCUCUUCUAAUCUCUCUCUCCAUCAAUAGUGUCUUCUCCUUCUUCUCUUCCUUCGUCCAGGGCUACAGCACCUUUCUGUUUUGCCGGCUCCUCUCGGGUGUUGGGAUUGGUGGCUCAAUUCCCAUCGUGUUUUCCUACUAUUCUGAAUUUCUGUCCCAAGAAAAGCGUGGUGAGCACCUCAGUUGGCUCUGCAUGUUCUGGAUGAUUGGGGGAAUAUACGCAUCUGCCAUGGCCUGGGCUAUAAUCCCGCAUUAUGGAUGGAGUUUCCAGAUGGGCUCGGCGUAUCAGUUCCAUAGCUGGCGUGUGUUUGUGUUAGUGUGUGCAUUACCUUCUGUUGCAGCCAUCUCUGCCCUCAGUGCCAUGCCAGAGAGCCCACGCUUCUACUUAGAGAAUGGCAAACAUGACGAAGGCUGGAUGAUUCUGAAGCAAGUUCACGACACCAACAUGCGUGCAAAGGGACACCCAGAGAAGGUGUUUUCUGUCACCACAAUUAAGACGGUGAAACAGAUGGAUGAGUUGGUGGAAACUGGCACCGAUACUCCAGUCUGGAAGCGCUACAGGCUGAAGAUUAUGAGCCUCUCCCAACAGAUCCGGAAUAACAUUCUUGCCUGCUUCAGCCCAGAAUAUAAACGGACGACUUUCAUGCUCAUGGCUGUUUGGUUUACCAUGUCUUUCAGCUACUACGGUCUGACGGUGUGGUUCCCAGACAUGAUCAAGUACAUCCAGAAGCAGGAAUAUGAAUCACGCACAAAGACCUUCACCAAGGAACGCGUGGACCACAUCACUUUUAACUUUACCCUGGAAAACCAAGUGCAUCGCGAAGGACACUACUUCAAUGACAAGUUCCUCAACCUGAAGAUGAAGUCCAUGGUGUUUGAAGACUCUGUGUUCGAGGAGUGCUACUUUGAGGACAUCACCUCCACACACACCUUCUUCAGAAACUGCACCUUUAUUGCAAGUUUGUUCUAUAACACAGAUUUGUUCAAAUACAGGUUUGUCAACUGUAAACUGAUCAACAGCACGUUUCUCCACAACAAGGAGGGCUGCAUUCUGGACUUCAGCGACGACUUCAACAAUGCCUACAUGAUAUACUUUGUCAACUUCCUCGGCACGUUGGCAGUGUUGCCUGGCAACAUUGUGUCGGCUCUAUUAAUGGACAAAAUUGGCCGUUUAAGGAUGCUGGCGGGAUCCAGUGUCAUAUCUUGUGUCAGCUGUUUCUUCCUGAUGUUCGGCAACAGCGAGUCAGGAAUGAUCGCACUAUUGUGCUUGUUUGGUGGCAUCAGCAUCGCCUCGUGGAACGCCCUGGAUGUGAUAACAGUGGAGCUUUACCCCUCAGAUAAAAGGACCACAGCGUUCGGCUUCCUGAAUGCCCUCUGUAAGCUGGCGGCCGUCCUGGGCAUCAGCAUCUUCCAGUCAUUUGUUGGCAUCACCAAGGCCGUACCCAUCAUAUUUGCUGCUGGUGCACUCGCUGCAGGGAGCUUCCUUGCAACAAAGUUGCCUGAAACACGAGGCCAAGUGUUGCAGUAAAACAAACGACCGGCAGUGGGCAGCAGAGCACAGCUGGAGUGUGUGUUUGAGAGCCCGAACAUCCCUGAGAGCUUCAGCGCUGCCCGUCACACACCAACAGAACAGACUGCCAUCCCCAUUGUAAGCCCAGAAUCCUUUGAAAUGUGGAUUGCAUCAUUCAAAGUCUAUACAGAGCCAUAGUGAUUAAAAGAACACCAAACAGAUAUAGAAAUAGAUAUGUGUCGUGAUAACUACAUCUGAAUGAUGACAUGUUCAUCAGAUCUUUUCCACAGGGUGACGCAAUAUAAAUUGUUGUGUGCAGGAAGGAUAAAAUGUUAAUUUCUGGGAGUUUUCUCUCACCGGCCCACAGAUCUACAAUAUCAAAACACAAUUGAGAAGACAGGAAUGUCACACAAUGAGAUGAGACUGAAAAAAAAAGCCAUUUAUGGGGGAAUGGGAAAAGAUGUAGUCUAUGUAUGCAGUGUUUUUCUUCCUCGUCUUGUCCUCUGCCUCAGUGACUCAGUGGGCUUUCAGUGCUGCUUUUUCAUUUGCUGUGACAUUACUGGUACAAUUCACUUCACAUUUCCAUACAGACUGAUGCCUGUGUGUGAGAAAAGUUUUCCGGGGUGAAUAUAUUUUCUCCAAAAAUAACCAUGACCACUGCCUACUACUGAAGCCAGACAUGCUGAGAGCUUAUUUUCUACCAAAUAAUAUUAAAACAUUCCAGUGAAGUUUGAUUUAUUCAGAUACAGAGAAAAUAUUUUUUCCAUGUCGCUGCAUAAAUCUAUUCCUUGAUUCAUAGCCUCAAAACACAGCUGAAGAUGCAUUUCACUGGAUUCUCUGUUGUAAAUGGGAAUAGCUUGAUCCAGCUCCUCUGUGUUCAGUGUUAAACUAAUGUGUUUUCCCUCCCUGUUGUUGAACCUUACAACUGUGGCAGUGUGAUGAUGUUGAUGUCUGCAACACAGGAACGUCUGCAGGAUGGGUUUUGGUCCAGUCUUAAAUGUGAGAGCAGAUACUAUAGUGUAAAUUAGUCGUGCAAGUGUGUUUGAGAUUGUGUGAGACGAGAAAAAGUGUCUGAUUUAUUCCUUUAAAUGCCAUCAUUUCAUGCAAAUCAAUGCAGCCAUGUAGACCCUACUUUACUGGUCCAUCAGCAGAAUGUACAGAACAGCGGCCGCACAUUUUAAGAAAUAUUAUAGUAGCUCAGGUGUGGUGAAACGUUUAGACCACUUUUACUGCUUGUAUAAUGUUUCAGCACCACUCUGCCAAAUGACUGUACACCCAAGAAGUCCCAUAUGCAUAGCUGCAUUAAUUAGCCUUAAUAUGAAAACAAGUCACAAAACAAGUCAUUUAAUUGAGUGUGAAAGUUCAUUCUUGACCUCGGAAACAGUAGUUUGACAAAAAAAAAGGUCUAAGUCCACUUACUAGCUUUUUGUGUGUUUAGUGUUCAUAGUUUUCAUUGAAUGAAAGCUCUAGAAAAUAUUAAGCUGACCUCAACUUAACAUUUUUUGUCAACGUCAUUUGGUUGUUUUGUCUUUUUCUGAUUGGGCUCAAAACAUACAAUCAGCACAGUAUCCUUUCUUAAAAUUGUGUUAUACCUCUUAAAAGUCAUAAUAUGACUUCAUUACAUUCAUAAGCACAAAUUAAACCAAAAGAAGAAGAAUAUGUUAAAAAAAAAAAAAGAAUGUCCUAUUGAUCAGGCAAUGCGGCACAAAGGGAAAACAGAUUGAAAAACACUUUCAAUCUAAUUUCAGUUUAAGGGUUCAUGUUCCUGUCAUUCCUUUACUGCAUCCAAUUCUGGCAGAAAAAGUGAAAAGUUAUCACUCAUGUAUUCCUGUAUGAUACUGUUUAACCGCAUGUAGGGAUGACAUAAGUACAGAAACAAAUUUACCUACUGUGACUUUCAUCUAAAUUGGAAACAAAUGUUUUAAAGGAAAACUAAUUGAGUACCAUGCUUUAUACAUAUCACUACUUUGGUAUCAUUUCUCCAAAGGUGUACAUCAAUGUGUGCUGACAAUCAGUGAGUGUGUUGGUGCUGCUGCCCAGUAUAUUGUUUGACUUAAAUGCGUCGUGUGUGUGUGUGUGUGUGUGUGUGUGUGUGUGUGUGUGAGUGUGUUCAGGAUGUUAGAGGCUUUGGCAUUAUCUGUGUGUUAGCUUAGCCUCUCCCCCGGACUAGACUGUAACUCAAAAACACACACUUAAGAAGUAUUGCGGAUAUUAUGGGAGUUCGUGUGACUUCUUGUUUAUGUGUGUGAGUGAGAGAGAGAGACUUUAAAUGAAUAAUUCAACAUUUGCUUGAGUAAGCAUUACCUGAAGUAUGCUUACUCACUUUAUUGCCCAGAGUCAGAUGAGACGAUUGCAUUUCUGUGCUUUAAGUAUGGAGUUGAAGCCAGGAGGCAAUUAGCUUAGCUUAGCAUAAAGACAGGAAACUGAGGGAAAUUGCUAGCUUGGCUCUGUUCAAAGGUAACAAUAUUUUAAUAAAUACUCCCAAUAACACGCCCUUAAAAUCACAACUUCUUGUUUUUACAUUUUGGUUCUCGUAUGGGAUUGGCCGUGCCUACCUACCCGCCCGCUCACCUCUCACUGAAAAUUAUGAGCCACAACCAUCUGUCUGAAAAGAGCUUUAGUAGACGGGUUUUUGUAACCUUUGGACUGGUUCAGGCUAGCCGUUUCCUCGUUUCCAAACUCUAUGCUAAGCUAAGCUAACCGCCUGCUAACUGUAGCUUCCUAUUUAGCAUACAGGCAUGAGAGUGGUAUCAAUCUUCUCAUUUAACUUUUAACAAGAAAGCCAGUACUUUGCCAAAAUGUCAAACUAUUACUUUAAUGCUGUCAAAUCUAGAAUACAUUCUGAGGAUCACAUAUCUCUUUUGGUGUUUGUGUACAAAGUCUUGUGUGUAUAUGAACAAAUGUGACCCGUCUUGUUCAUGUUGGAGAGACGGUUUGGAUGCUUCGUUCAUGUGCAGAUGAAUGUAUGGAUGUAUGCGUGUGUGUGCGCGCGCUGACUCUAAAUCGUCUGUCACAUAUUUUUCUACUUUUUUCUGUUGUUGCGUUUUCAUCCCUGCGAUGAAUACAGCUCAGUUGGGGACCACGGAAAUAUAUUUACACUAUGAGAAGAAGAAAAAAACAACCUCAUUGAAUAUAUGCAGUGUAGAAUUUAAUGUUUUGUUCUUCAUAAUAGACUCGGGUGCUCUUUUGCUGAUACAGUUCAGUGUUAAAAACAAAUGCCAUCAAAGAUAGCCAGAGAUCUCUGUUUAGCAAUACAGAAAUGGAUCUCAUCCUAAAUUCACAAAGACGACUUCACCCCUUAAUCCUUCUGUAUCCAACCAAUCGUGACGCAUGUUUGUAUCGUAUUGUCUGACUUCUUGGACGUCCUGUAUGCCCGCUGUUUUUGUCUAAAGCAAGAACUAGUGUUUUCAUUGUUGUAUGAUCACAUAGAUUUGUUGCUUGCAGUGAUUGUUCUUAAUCAAAGUGGGGUUAAAUUUGGUGAAACUUGAGUAUGUGUUCUGAAAGUAAGUUAGUGGUGACUGUGCUCCCUGUUUACCUAGGUACCCAGGUAACUCUUUUUCAUAUAUAUGCCUGAAUUUCUGAAUAGUCUGAGGAGGAUGCUUGUUAUUGUGCAAUUUAUCUUGUCACAGAGGUACAAAAUACGGAAAAGGGCAAUACGCUUAAGCAAAGGGAGAUGGAAAAAGUGCAUAAACUAUGCACAAAAAGUACAAUUUGACAAAAACACGUUUGUCCAAAUGAGUUUGUUUGAAAGGGAGAAGUGUGAGCAAUAAAGUGGAGGCUUCCCCCAAUUCUGAGGAAACAUGAAGUCAGUGUGAAAUCCAAAAGGACCACGAUUUAUCAACUCAUCAAAAGAGCUCCCUCUGUCAAAAUGAAGCUCCUGUCCAAAAUGUAAAAGUUUACUAUUCAAUGUUACUAUGUGUAGUAUUUUCAUACACACACACACACACACACACACACACACACACACACACACACACACACACACACACACACACACACACACACACACACACACACACACACACACACUAUCAAAAGGAUCACUGGUUUAAGUUUUAUCUUUGAUGACGGCAGUGAUAUAUAUGGUCAAGCACCAGCCUGAAGACUUUUCUAAAUGAUAGCAGUCUGAUGAAAGGAUGGAGGACUUUUUAUGGCAUGGUGUCUGUCUUCUCAACUCUUAAGAGCACACGGAUCAGUCCUGAAUGAGUCCUGCAGAAAGGACUGACCCAUGCCAGAAAACAACUCCUUUAUCUGCAAAGAACUUAUUGCAAGAAUCCUUCGCUGUGGUUUGGACUGAAGGAAUUUAUGUUAGCGUUUUCUUUGGUUUGACUCUGAGCUGUUUAUUAAAUGAUAAAAUGUA